UGUGUGACACGUCAUUCCAUCGGCGCUGAACCAGGAAACGUUGCUAACCAAGUCGGAUCCGAAUCAAGCCGCAGAUAUGUCAAACUCGGUGAUAUCCGUGAUUUCUAGGUUUCUAGAAGAGUACACCUCCACGACGCCGAACAAGCUCAAAGUGGUGGACGCGUAUUUGUUGUAUAUUUUACUGACAGGAGCGCUGCAGUUCCUCUACUGCCUCCUCGUCGGCACCUUUCCUUUCAACAGCUUUUUGUCCGGCUUCAUCUCAUGUGUUGGCUCUUUCAUUCUGGCAGUGUGUCUCCGAAUCCAGAUCAACCCUCAAAACAAAGGCGACUUCCUGUCAAUCUCGCCGGAAAGAGCCUUUGCCGACUUCCUGUUCGCUCACACUGUCCUGCAUCUGGUGGUCAUGAAUUUCAUUGGUUGAACCAUCUUGGUCACUCAGUACGUGCACACUGAAAAGGUGAAGAGAAUUCUCUUCUGUCUCCUGCCAGCGACCGGGCAAAUGAAAAAGCCUGCAACUGAUUCCAUCUCGUGUUUUGCAGUUUUCCCUUCUUUGAUUUCUCUUGUUCCUUUUAUAAAAAUGUCACAUUUUGCAUUGAAGCAACAAAAUAAAACCUGAUGACGAUA